AUGUGCUUUCGACAUGGAGGUUUCCCGCUUCCUGAUUUCUCUAAGACUACUCUUCAAAAUUUAGUGCUAUACAAUGUCUAUGAUCUACCAACACUAGCUAUAGAGAAUCACUGUUAUGCUAUUCAAGGAAAAAUCACAUUUACACUUACAAAUGAACAGAUUACAGAUGAUGUUCUUUUCAUUGGCAUUUUCAAUGGAAUUGGAGCUGUUCGAACUCAAACUAAAAUGAUGAACAAAGGUAAAUCUUACACAUUCAGUGCCUUUGCAUCGGUGGAAGCUUGUAAUGAGACAAACUUCUGGGGAGAAUUCUGUGACAAGAAGCUUCAGAGACUUCAAUGUUAUCCACUUAAACAACAAUUUUGUGAUUACAGCAUUGAUGCUUGUCAUUUACCAGACAUGAGUCCAAAGUUGAAAAUUAGCAUCAAUAACACUAAAGAUGGUUUAUUAUCUUUGAUUGUUUAUGCUCGAAAUGGUGCCAUUCCUACAAAUACAUUGUUUGAUUACACUAUUGACUUGACCAGAAAUCAACUCACAAUUCAGUUGCCCAAAAUAGGUGUUUGGUACUUCUACAUUGUGCCUGUUAUGAAUACUACUACCACAACAUCCAAUCACAUGACACAACUAAAGCAACUUUGCUAUGUCUUGAAAUGGAAACUUAUUAAGGGGAUUGGUCAUCAAGAAAGCUCUAUAUAUCAUGUGGAUGGAACUAAUUAUUUAUCUAAUUUUCCUCUGACCAAAAUAUUCCAAGGAGAAAACAUAGACAAUCCAUGGAUUGGUUACUUUGUUAUGGAACUUCCAGCAAAUGUUUCUACCAAAAAUAUCAGAAUCGAGAUGGAGUUGAACACAAGCAUAGAAUAUGAAGUAUAUGCUAGAUUUGGUGGCUUAGCAUCUCAUGAAAUGUAUGAUUACUACUAUGUAAAUCAAAUAAAUAAUAGUGAUGAUGGGCUGUCCUUGUUCAAGUUGUAUGCAUCAAGCAAUCAAAGUUUAAAAUUUGAUAUAGUUUAUGCACAACAAGGGAAAUGGAGUUUUGGGUUAAGGAAACGCAAUUUAAUGACUCGUUUAGAGUCUGAGACCAACCUUUCCAUUUCUCUUGCGGCUUGUCCUAACAAUUGUUCCGGUUAUGGGAAAUGUAGUAUUGCUGCCAAUGCACAGACAUCUUGCAGCUACUGUGAAUGUGAUAUUUUCCAUGGUGGAUUUGAUUGCAGCAUAAAAAUCAUACCCAAAUCAUUAGUUUGUAAUGCUUUGCAUAGACAUAUAGUGUCACUUCCUUCUGUUAACUGA